AUACAUAACCUUAACCACACUGCUAACCUUAUGCCUAACCGUAAAUUUAAAUUAAGGCUAAAAAGGACAUUUUAGUUUUCAUUAAUUUUUACGAUAUACCCAAUGCUGAUUUUGUGGCUGUGUUGACUAGUGACAAGCGUUUCUCUGCUGUGGCGGCCAUGGUUUUCAACAAUCUUGAAAUGCGCAUGCUCAAACGUAAUUUCGUUCGCGGUUGCGCCAACUCGGAUAGGAUGUUGCCACUAGCAGCAUUGAUGCAUAGGCUUUUUCAGAACAAAAAUACAUUUAUUGGAGGAUCCUGUACUGUUGGAAGAAUAACAACAACGCAUUUUGCAACCCUUGAUUGGGAGGAACACUUAACGUUGCGAACAUUUUACAUUUUGUGUAUUCUGACUGUUGACAAUGCAAAGUGGAAGCGAGCGGGUUUGCAGAAUUUUCAAGCGUCUAAUUUCAGCUAGUAGGAGCAGUAAGAGCAAAAACAAGAACCAUGGCUAGGCCUCGCAGAUACAUUCACAGUCGUUCAGCAACCUGACAACAAGACAGUUUAGAAUAGGCUCAAAGUUGAGGUUUGUGAGAAACCCGUAACAUUCGUGAUAUUCUUGCCAGCAGUUAGCAAGCAAACAUGGCUUAAUGGAUGGUGUUGUUAAUUAACGUUAGCUAGCUACAGUUGAUUAAAUAGAUAACUUAACUAGCUAUCAGUCUAGUGUGUGCCUAUAUCACAUUCAGAUAAAGCAGCUAGCUAGCGGUUGCCAACUUACAUACGAGGUCGCUACGUACGGCUAGUUAACCGUUAACCUUGGCUGAUUCCGUUAUUCCCUACGAUAUACAGUAAUAGACAGAGAAAGACAAUUUUUUGUCAAACUUGCGUGUGUGUGGGGGGGGUGUCGACUGUCACUGCCAGUGGGACUGGGCGUGGAACGACACUACUAGCUAGCUACAGUAGCUGGUUCCAUAGGAUUAUUUGCAAGAAGUCGUCGACUGCUGGUUGAAUGUGGGACAAAAUGGAGACUCCAACGAUUGUGUACGACUUGGAUACCUCUGGGGGUUUAAUGGAGCAAAUUCAAACACUGCUCGCACCACCCAAGUCAGAGGAUGGCGAAAAGAGGAGUCGGAGGAGUGAAAGGGACGUUCGGAGAAAGAGCAGGGCCACCAACCACGAUACCUGUGAUAGUUGUCAUGAGGGAGGGGACCUUCUGUGUUGUGACCAUUGUCCAGCCGCCUUCCAUCUACAAUGCUGUAACCCACCAUUGAGUGAAGAAAUGCUGCCUCCUGGUGACUGGAUGUGUCAUCGCUGCAAUGUCCGUAGAAAGAAGCGGGAGCAGAAGGCUGAGCGGAUCAAUGGCCUGCUGGAGAGGGAGAGGCCCCUCUCCAAGCGCUCCUCCCCUGAAGCUGAAGUAGAGCGGGGCACCACCACUAUUACCACCACCACGCUGCGUCUGGACAGGCUGCCCCCCGGGGUCGGAGCAGCUGGACCCGGCCUGCGGGUGGCUGCCGUGCAUCUCGAGCGUCUGGAGCGUCUUGAGCGGCGGGCCAGCAGCCGUCCUGGCACUCCCACUUCCAACACCUCUUCCACGGACACGGACACCCCCUCGGAGGAGCAGAACGAGGCAGACGAGGAGAUGGCCAAGGCAGAGGAGGAGGUGGAGGCCCAGAGCUCAGAAUCUGAGCAAGCCACCACCACCCCUACCCGCACACCACGGCUCCUCAAGAGGCCCUUCCAGCUGCUCAUCGCCGCCGCCAUGGAGCGGAACCCCUCGCAGUUCCAGCUGCCCAACGAACUCACCUGCACCACAGCACUGCCAGGCAGCAGUAAACGGAGGAGGAAAGAGGAGCUGAUCAUGAAGACAUUCAGAAGGCCACAGCAUGAGAUGGACCCCAACGGCCUCGUUCCUCUGCCAGUCAGGGUGUGCUUCUCCUGCACCAGGAGCUGCAGAAUGGCGCCCCUGGUUCAGUGUGACUAUUGCCCCCUGCUCUUCCACAUGGACUGCCUGGACCCCCCACUUACUGCCAUGCCCACAGGCAGGUGGAUGUGCCCCAACCAUAUGGAGCACUUGGUGCUGAACCAGAGGAGCCUGUCCCUUACCAGCCGCUGCCAGCUCUUAGACCAGUUCCAGGAUAGGAUAUCCCAGCAUGCCGUCAAGGUGGGCUUCCUGCGACGGGUCCACCGACAGAACCCACCUGUCCGCAGCGGUGUCCACCACAAAACGAAGGCGCUCAAGGUGCCUGACGCUAUUAAGUCCCAGUACAAGAACCCCCCGGCCAUUUUGGCUCCUGCAGGAGUGCGUAACGGGGAGCUGAUCUGUAAUGGUGUCCCAUCCCAGGACUGCUCCCCUCAGCAUUUUACCAGCCAGGCGGAGCAACAGGAGUGGCUUCGAGACGUCAUCUCGCUGCAGUGCAGCAUCAUGCGACAUUUAUCUGGCAAGCAGAAGUCCUCGUCAGACUGGCACUCUGAACAGACAAACAAGGAACAGAAAGACAUUAAGCCCUGUGUAGCCCUAGAGGAGAACAGCUCUCUGCCCCUUGCAGAAAGGACAGCUUCAGCCCUGCCUGCCCCCUGCUCUAAGCCCUGCAGUACAUCGGAUGGCCCCCAGGGGGCCCAGGUACUGAAGGGUCUCUCGCAAGGCCAGGAAAGCUGCAGCUGCCCGGUGAGGCCCUGUCAGAACUGUCUGAAGUGCAGGAAACCCAACGGGCCCCUGACUGAGCAGCCUGUGCAAGCCAACGGACCGGUAGUGUGUAACACUGCCUCUGACGCCUGCAAACAGACAGAGCUCCAGCUGCACAGACUCACCCCCCCAGCCCCACUCCCAACCUCUGCUCUGGGGCUGCCAAACCACCUGAGAGGAGGGGUGGAGGUUAAAACUGGGAAGGGCAGCCACCUAGAGUCUUGCACCCAGAAAGGUUGUCCACCUUCCUCUUUGACGUGUGCAGCCACAGGGCAGGACAUAAAGAGCCAGGCCCACGGGACUCCUCUAGGCAUGGCAGGGACUCAGGCCAACCCUCUGAGCUGCUGCAGUGAGCUGAAGCUCUGCCCUACCCCCACCCCAGGUGUCCAUGUCUUCACCCCACCCAGAGCCAUCAAAGACUCCAGCACAGCAAGACAGCCUACCACCACACCUCCCGGUUUCUCCCCAGGGACAGAUCUUAAGGGCAGCUCCAUGUUCCCCAGCUCUCUCUUCCCCUUAAUAGCAGACCUGUCUGGUGGCAUGAAGGCUGUGAUGGAAGGGGAGGGAGAGAUCGAACUGAGUAAACUGGAUGAGGAGUUGGUCAAACUCCUGGCCUGGCAGAGGAUACAGCAGCUGUUCCCCCACAAAGCACCCCCAGUCCCCCAAGGCAGCUGUGUAACCGCUUCCCCUCUUCCCGCCACCACCGUCGCCCUCAAACCUCAAUCUCCCGUGCCGUGCACAGAGGAGGAACAGAAGGUGCGGGCGAGAGCAACGUUCUAUCCACUCAUGGGGAAGGGAGGAGCCAUCAACAUGUCUUAUAGGACCCUGUACAUAGGAGCUGGUGCUGACAUGGAUGUGUGCCUUACAAACUAUGGUCAUUGUAAUUAUGUAUCUGGAAAACACGCCUGCAUCUUUUACGACGGGAACACCAAGCACUACGAGCUGCUCAACUACAGUGAGCAUGGGACCACGGUGGACAAUGUGCUCUACUCCUGUGACUUCUCUGAGAAGACUUUGCCCAGCCCGGCCAGUGGCCUGGUGUCCAAAGUGCAGGGCAUUGUCCGCCGCUGUAAGAUGAGAGAGCAGCAGGAGGAGGGGACCGAGGCUGGGCACAGGACUGGUCUGAUGCCAUUGGGGGGAGUGAUGAGCUGCCAGCCCCAGGGAGGACCCAGGCUCUCCUGCAACUGCAAAGCCAGCAGUUCCAGCCUGAUCGGUGGCAGUGGGGCCGGCUGGGAGGGCACAGCGCUGCUCCACCAUGGCAGCUACAUCAAACUGGGUUGCAUGCAGUUUGUCUUCAGCAUUGUUGAGUUCGCCAGUAAGCAGCCCAAAGAAGAGGGAACCACUGGCACUGCCAAUACCACCCCCGCCAAUACCACCCCCAACCAAGAGGGGGCAGACAAACAGACUAUCAAACUCCACCAAUUGCAACUCUGUGCCAAAGCCCAAACUCUCCCUUUCUCAUCUAUUCCCAGUCAAACCUAAGGGAAGCCUAAGGGGAGCCGGUUGUUACACAGGGAAAAUAUAUAUUUUAAUUUAUUUUGUUUAUACAUUUGCAUGAAAUUAAGUAUUAUCUCAAAUCUGUUUAUUUAGAUUGACUGACUGAAAAGUAUUUGUCACUUAUUUUUGCCAGUUUAGUUAUACAUACAUAUACAGUACCAGUCAAAAGUUUGGACACCUCAUUACAGGAUUUUUCUUUAUUUGUACUAUUUUCUACAUUGUAGAAUAAUAGUGAAGACAUCAAAACUAUGAAAUAGCACAUGGAAUCAUGUAGUAACCAAAAAAAGUGUUAAACAAAUUUGAAAUUCCGUAAAGUAGCCAUCCUUUGCCUUGAUGACAGCUUUGCACACACUUGGAGUUCUCUCAACCAGCUUCAUGAGGUAGUCACCUGGAAUGCAUUUCAAUUAACAGGUGUGCUUUGUUAAACAUUAGUUUGUGGAGUUUCUUUCCAUCUCAAUGCGUUUGAGCCAAUCAGUUGUGUUGUAAAGGGAGUAUACAGAAGAUAGCCCUAUUUGGUAAAAGACCAAGUCUAUAUUAUGGCAAGAACAGCUGAAAUAAGCAAAGAAAAAUGACAGUCCUUCAUUAUUUUAAGACAUGAAAGUCAGUCAAUCCAGAAAUCUCAAGAACUUUGAAAGUUUCUUCAAGUGCAUUGGCUCUCAUGAGGACCGCCACAGGAAAGGAGUACCCAGAAUUGGGAGAGUCUGCUGUAGAGGAUAAGUUCAUUAGAGUUACCAGCCUCAGAAAUUGCAGCCCAAAUAAAUGCUUUGAAGUUCAAGUAACAGACACAUCUCAACAUUAACUGUUCAGAGGAGAUUGCAUGAAUCAGGCCUUCAUGGUUGAAUUGCCAUGAAGAAACCACUACUGAGGGACACCAAUAAGAAGAGACUUGCUUGGGCCCAGAAACAUGGCCAUUAGACCGGUGUAAAUCUGUCCUUUGGUCUUAGUCCAAAUGUAAGAUUUUUGGUUCCAACCGCUGUGUCUUUGUGAGAAGCAGAGCAGGUGAAUGGAUGAUGAAGCAUGGAGGUUGUGUGGUGCUUUGCUGGUGACACUGUCAGUAAUUUAUUUAGAAUUGAAGGCACACUUAACCAACAUGGCUACCACAGCAUUCGACAGCAAUACGCCGCCCCAUCUGGUUUGCGCUUAGUGGGACUAUCAUUUGUUUUUCAACAGGACAAUGACCAACACACCUCCAGGCUGUGUAAAAGCUAUUUGACCAAGGAGAGUGAUGGAGUGCUGCAUCAGAUGACCUGGCCUCCACAAUCACCCGACCUCAACCCAAUUGAGAUGAGUUGGUGCGCAGAGUGAAGGAAAAGCAGCCAACAAGUGCUCAGCAUAUGUUGGAACUCCAAGACUGUUGGUUCUCCAUGAAGCUGGUUGAGAGAAUGCCAAGAGCAUGCAAAGCUGUCAUCAAGACCAAGGGUGGCUGCUUUUUGAAGAGUCUAAAAUAUCUUUUUAUUUGUUUAAUAAUUAUUUUGGUUACUACAUGAUUCCAUAUGUGUUAUUCCAUAGUUUUGAUGUCUUCACUAUUAUUCUACAAUGUUGAAAAUAGAAAAACAAUUAAGAAAAACCCUUGAAUGAAUAGGUGUGUCCAAACCUAUGACUGGUACAUUAACAUUUUCUUAUUUUUCAGACGGCUCAUGUAGCCCAAACAUUUUAUUUUGUGAUAUUGAAGUUGUAGUACUCACACAAUAUUUGUUGCUACGUUUGCACCACAGGUAGCUAGCACACUUACAUGCUUAUACACACAUUUGUAUGUACAGUAUAUUCAUGUAAAGAGGAUUGAUUCGGUGCUUUUCAGUUGGAUAUCCUGUACAUCAGUCUAGGCUGGUGGGAGGAGCUAUAGGAGGAUGGGCUCGUUGUACUGGCUAGAAAAGAUUUAAAUGUAGUCAAGCGUGGUUUACAUAUGGUUUACAUAUGUUUGUUUGAUACCGUUCCAUUGAUUCCAUUCUAGCCAUUACAAUGAUCCCGUCCUCCUAUAGCUCCCCCACUAGCCUACACUGAUGGACAUAAACCAUUGUGGUCGGUUUGUAUAGUGUACAGUACCUCCCAUGGUCUCCUUUUGUGAUAUUUGGUAGUUUUGCAGAAAAGUUUGUUAAACACCUGUUCAGAGUCCUGUGUCCUCCAUGCUGAAUGGUGUCGGAUUGUUUUAGCUCUCGUUUUAGCACUCUUGUACUCUGUAAAUAAGCGUUCUUUGUCUGUUUCUUCCUGUCAAAACAAUGUAAAUACAGAAAGAUUUUUUUUAAGAACAAACUUCAAA